AUGCAACGCAGCACCAACCGAAUCCUCACGACCCACGCCGGCAGGCUUCCCAACCCGAGCAACAUUGACGAAAUAAUGGAGGCCCGUGCCAACAACGAUCAGUCAAGGUUCGAUGCGCUGGUACCAGCCGCCGUUGCCGACCUGGUACGAAAGCAGAGGGAGCUGAAAAACGACAUUCACAGCGACGGAGAGUUCUGGAAAGCCCGCGAUGGCAAGUACUACGACAGCCGGUCGACCGGAAUCGAAAUGCGGCCGGUUGCGGAUGACGCCCCUCCCUCCAUUGUUUUCUUCCAACAAGAGAGGCAGAUGCCUGAAUUCAGAGAUUUCUAUGAGAUCUAUGACGCCAUGGGAAAUGUGCCUGUCCCAGGCGUAACCGCGCAACGUCAGGUAGAACGGGGGACCAUCACCGGGCCCAUGGAGUACCGUGGACAGGAGGCAAUUAAGCACGAGAUCGGACCGGCCAGGGGACUCAUCAACGCCGGGCCUUUGGCCCAGAUCAAAGAGCAGGGCUGCACCGUGGUAACCGGCGGGGGACACGCCAUCGCUGUCUUCUUUCACGACGGCCAGGUUCACGCUGUGGACAACCGUUGUCCCCACAUGGGCUUUCCCCUGGAACGGGGCAGCGUCAGGGACGGAAUCCUUACCUGCCACUGGCACCACGCCCGGUUCGAGCUAUCCAGCGGCGGCACCUUCAACCCCUUUGCCGACGACGUGCGCACGUUUCCGGUGAACGUGGUGGAGGGCGAGGUAUGGAUCGACCCCGCACCUGCUCCCCGCGAUGAGGCAAGGCACUGGCAACGACGACUGCAAGAUGGCAUGGAGCAUAACCUGCGGCUGGUCAUAGCCAAGGCGGUGCUGGGCUUGCAGGCCGCAGGCUCCGAUUACCUGGAGCCGCUGCGAACAGGCACUCGGUUCGGCACCACCUAUUCUGCCGAUGGGUGGGGCGCAGCUAUGACUAUCCUGACCUGCACCGCCAAUAUGAUGCCGCAUCUGCAAGUAGAGGACCGCCCCAGAGCCCUGUAUCAGGGCUUGCUUCACGUCGCCCGGGAAUGUGCAGGCAAGCCUCCCCGCUUCUCGGUAGAACCGUUGCCCACCGCGGAACCCCGCCCGGAGGUUUUCGCUGGAUGGUUCCGAAAUUUCAUAAACGUCAGGGAUGCUGAGGGCGCCGAGCGGUGCCUCAUCACGGCCAUAGAGUGCGGGAUUUCCAGGGAAGACAUUGCCAGCAUGAUGUUCGCCGCUGCCACCGACCACAUCUACCUGGACGGCGGGCAUGUUUUGGACUUCGCCAACAAGGCUGUCGAGUUACUGGGCCACCUGGGCUGGGAGAUAGCUGGGCAGGUGCUGCCCAGCCUGGUGCAUGGGAUGGCCCGGGCACGCCGAAGCCAGGAGCUCAGCCAGUGGCGGGAUCCCAUCGACAUUGCUUCGAUGGUCUGGGAAGCGAGGGAGCAGCUUCCUGGCCUUCUUGAGCAGGGCCGAAACCACUCCGGCAACUGGGACGACGCCGACUCCCUGGCAUUCCAGAUGCUAGGCGACUCACCUGACGAGAUUAUGGUGGGGAUUAAGGAGGCUAUAGCCAAAGGGGCUACCGCCGGUCAGCUUGGAUCUGCUGUCGCCCAUGCUGCCUUUCUACGCAUGGCUCACUUCCACACCUCCAACGAGUUCCGCGACUGGGACACGGUGCACAAUACCCUUACUGCGGCCAACGCUUUGCACCAGGCUUUAAAACGAACGCCGACUCCUGAGUUAAUGCGGGGAGUUUUUGACGUGGCGAUGAGCAUCUACCUGGACCGGUUCCUCAAUAUGCCGCCCCAGAGGUUGCCCGAUGCUGGACCCAGCGCGGAUUUCCCCGCAGAGCAACUCGACCGAAUAUUGGAGAUGGUGGACGUCCGGCAGCAGGUGGAGGAAACCGCCCAGGCCGUGUCGGGUUACCUGGCCGGCGAUGGCAAUCCGGCAGACCUGACGGCCACCCUGGGCCGUAUGAUGCUGCGAGAGGACGCCAACUUCCACUCAUUCCAGAUCGCCGAAGCGGCAUUCAAACAAUUCGAUGAGCGACAAGGCACGGAAUCCGGGCGGCACGUGAUGAUCGGGUUGUCCAGGUUCCUCGCGGCCCACUCCCCGACGCCCCGGGCCGAAGGUCAGACCUACCAGAUAGCUCUCCGGCUGCAGCGCGGCGAAGAGAUUUAUCAGUGA